UAUAUAAAAGCCUGGCAAGUUUUAACAAUAGUUCACUUGCGAUACAGUACGUGAAGCGACGAUGUCUCCUAAAUUUCUAAUCUGCAUCGCCCUCGUCGUCUUAGCGGCCCAGUGCAAUGCAGCUAAACAACAAUCGAUCAAAUUGAAGGCACAAUCCUUAUUGGAAAAAUUCAAGGCAUGGUUGAACAACAAGCUAGAACAAUUUAAACAGAAAGUGCUCAACGCAGAACAGAAGAUGAAGAAUUUCAAAGAUUCGUUGCUGAACAAAGGUCUAACGUAUAUACAUGAGCCUGUCGUCUCCGUUGAGAAAGAUUUAGCCACAUGGAAAUCCAUGUUCCCCGAAAAGUGCAUCACAACCGCACAAACCCAGCUCAAAGAAGUGAAGACUGCCAGCGCAAAGGAGUUCUUCAAGUGUGCUAACCUCACCAAUGCUUUCGAAGAUGCCGCCAAACUCGUCUCAAAUUCAGCUGAAAUGUUAACCAAACUCUCGACCUUGUUCAGCGACUUUUUCCAUGCCGUCUUCAAAUGCCAGCCAGUUUUCACGUACAAAGGUUUUCAGUGUGCCCGUAAAUACAUCCUUAAGGUCAUGAACGACGUCAAAGAAGAUGUUCCCGUCGUGAAACCGUACUUUGAAAAAAUGGAAAAACUUGGAUUAGACUUGAAAGAACAAAUACAAACUUGUCUUCAUCCGCCAAAAGCAAAACUGCAAAAAGAUCUCAACAACCUAAUCACCUCUCUUCACAGCUGUGUGGCAUAAAGUUAAAAAUUAUCGAUGAUAAAUACACAAGAAUGUUUCGAUAAUAUAUUUUUUUACCUGUACGUAAAUUAAUUAACACCGUUAUUAAAUGUUGCAAAUAGAUCAAAACAGCAGAAUUACAUCUCCCCCUUUUUGUCAGUCACAGAAAUUAUAUUUCGUAUUGUCAUUACAAAGAUACAAAAAUAAAGACAGUUAUAAUAAUAUA